GUUGAUUGCGUAUGAUGUUUUUAAUUCGUUCUUUAAUCUCUUUAGGGAAAGAGCAACGAUUUUUUUCGCCUUGGACAUGAUGUGAAGCUUAAGCUGGUGAUUUUGAUCGUAAUGAUUGAGACAUGAAACAUGGUGCAUUAUUGCAAUGAGUGAAUUAAAGUCGUUGCGUCUCGAUAUUUCGGUAUGAGUGUUCUCUCAGUGUGUCAUCCCAACUUCAUCCCGACUUAUGGAACAAUCUCAGUGCAGUGGUGUUAUGGUGUAGACAUUUUUUAGUGCCACCACACCUGCACAUUUUCACGUAUGCGUAUGCACAUAAAUGAGUACGCAACGGUUUCGCAGGAAUUUCGCAGGUAGUUUGUCUGUGAGAAAACUUUUCCUGCAAAGGAGUUCUUUGUGAGUAGCGGGUGUCAAAGGAUUAAAAUCACUGCUUCUCGGUCUCAAGAACGAUAAAAGCCCAAAAUUGUUGAGCAUUCAAGAGAAAAAAAUGGUCGUAAAGAAAAGAAAUUUGUGCUGAAGAAGAUUUUAUAUCAAUAUCGCAGAACAGCUGGCAUCAUGUUGCAGGCAGUUCGGAUGUUAACUGAGUUGGCUCGACCAUCUGAAGAUCGAGAACGUACAAAUACACGGACACUGGAUGGAGCAACCUCGUCAACUGACAUUGACGUGCAAUUUCGGGAAAUCCACAAGAAUGGCUGGUUGAGACGAACAGACAAAACCGACAAGGAGCUGUGCAAAUUUUGGGUUGCAUUUUGCGUCCACGAUGAUUCGGAGCCGAGGCUUGAGGGUUUCGUUGAUCAGAAACAGGCAACAACCCAUUCUCCAGUGUGGGCGCAUUCACUGCGGAAUGUGCUGCACUUGUCGCCGACGCUCUGUGCAACACAGCGCAACGACUACGAAUUCUGUGUCAAUUUCAGUGAUGAUCGUGUUCUGAGAUUGGCAGCGCCCACGUAUCAGUCCAUGUGCGAUUGGGUGCAGGUGGUAACGCGAAAGCUAACAGACAUGAAAAUUCUCCGACCUAAGGAAAAUGUCUAUUCCAAAGGCCCGGAACGGAUCGUUACCAGAGAUCCCACGAGUCCAUUGCCACCACCUCCUUCCACGAUAGGGACGCCAAGUAUUCCGCGAACGUCAGGAUUAUCUCCAUCAACGAGUGCCGCCAGUUCUUCCGGUUCAAGUCGGGAAACGAGUUCCGGAGCAUCACCUUCAGUUUUUACAUUCGAUGAUACAAGUGUGGAGGAGUCGCGGUUGCGACCAGGAACAACUCAAACACAAGUUCCAAGAACAACACCUCCUGUUCCAAGUCCAAGAAUUCCUUUACCACCGACACCGACACCAUCAACAACUACGACGACGAGUAAUGAAGACGCGGCUAAUUCGAGUUAUGAAAGCGUUUUUCUUGCUUCUUCACAUUCUCCUAACGAUGAGAAUAUAAUCAUUUCCACAAAUCCCGGGCGAAAUGAUGAGUCGAGCGAUCGUUAUGCUGCGCUGAUGGAAUACAGGAGUUCGGGAAACACAGAGACUGAAAAUCCGGUUGAACAAACUAGGGAGGCUCGAGGAACCACACCUAAUAUCCGCAGGCAGUUAACGCUUAGAGAACAGCAGGUGAUGCAUCUGAGACGGGAAAUGAGUCAUCCUGCAGGUGUAAGGCUUCAGCUUGGAAGACGGGAUUGUAAAGAUGGGAUUGCAUUUGUGGACACGUUUGGGGCUGUUUGGGUAGCUGGAUGGAAGCAGCGCGAGCAUCCAAUGUUACAUAAUUUUUUACACGUUGGUGAUUUGGUACUCAGCGUGGCAGGAGUUCCCCCAGCGGGGGCAGCCGCUGUUAAAAAUAUCCUUAAGAGCUGCACCACACCAAGGGUCGAGAUGAUCGUGAAGAGAUUGCCACACGCUCGAGCAGUGACCUUGACAAGAAGGUCAGAAGGUGACGAUUUCGGCUUGGAAGUUAAUGGAAACGAAGUGACAAGAGUUUCUGGAGCAGCACUUUCACAUGGACUUCCUUCCUACAUUCCUGCUGCCGAUCUUUCAGCACCUCUCGGUACAACUGUGACCUGGUCUCUCACUGAGGUAAACGGAAGACCCUUAAAUAUUUUCGAGGGUGGCGCUCAAGAACGCCUGGGAGCUGUCGGUCGUGACAUUUCCAUCGUCCUACAGCCCACGGAUCUUGUCUCUUCUCUCCGGAAAAGAUUACGAGCAAUUCGGAAUUACAAAAACUUUGUGGUACAGUGAAAAGUUGUGUCCUGUGAUUUUCUACGGAAUUUUUUUCAGGGACUCUUUCUGUAACAGAAAACUCAGUCUGUCAAGGACAGACUCAGAAGAGAAACUUGCAACUUUCGGAAUUUUUUUUCUGGAUUCAUGCUUGCUAAGGUGCUUUUAUAAGAUGCGUUUUUCAGCCAUUCCCGAGAAAAAUGUUAGAUCAGGCGGUAGCGCUUGGAGCCUGUAAUCGGAAAGGCCGGGCUCGAUUCCUGAUGUUGGCAUUUUUUUAUCUGUUUUUUUUAUUUAUUCUAAAUUUUUAUUUUAUUGGAAUUGUUUACUAAAUUUAUUUAGAUGAAAUUAAAUAUUAAUUUUGAACAAUUUCAAGGCGGACGCUGGAUGGGGAAACCCGGGAAUUACCUGGAAUUUCACAAGAUAUAAUGCAAUUUAAAAUAAUGUCGAUUUUCAACUGUUUUUAAAUGUCAAGUUCAAUUAUUAAUUUUUUCCAUUAUGGCAUAAUUCAGUUUACAGCGCAUAAUCUUUCAAUCUUUUAGUCUAAACAUGAUCCAUUUUAGGUGUUCAUUUCGAAGUGUACAUUUUCAAUGUAAAUAAUUUUAAAAUGCAGUUUGGAAGACUUAAAAAUUAAAAGCGUUUGAAGUUGAAAACUUGGGAUAAAAGACUUUUUAAGCCGAACGACUCUAAAAAUAAAUAAAUUAAU